UGAAAAAUGUUCAACUUUUUCGGCAGCGACGGUUCCGUCAUCGAAUCAGAUCGCGUAUGCAAAUGUAAGCACUGUGACGCGACUCGGGCUCUGACGAUACUGGAAAGCGGGAAAGCGGGUCAUCUUGCCUCGCAACAAGCAGGAAGAAGCGGGAAGAACCCGGCGAACCGAUUUGAUUGGCUGACGCCUUCCCACGUGGGCACGUCCGUUGACUGACGGUGCAGUGGGCACGAGGCGUGAGGCAGCCGCAGAACCAAUUAUUACGGCCCACCUCUUCCCUGUAUUUAGCUACGAAAAACGAAAGUUUGCGAGAGUGGAAGACGGCAAUGGACAAACCAAAGCGUAAACUUAAAGGUGGAGCUGAAAAGCUCGGCCAAAAGGCUCAAAAAUCUAGCCGCAGGCGCCGGAAAAUGUGCUAAAAUAACUGACAUGUUCAGUGGAGGUGCUUCGGGAGCCCCCUCCACCUCAGGUGAAUCAAGCACCACCAGCACCAGUGGACAGGGCGAGGGGGCUAGCUGUAGCGAUCCACCCAUGGAGACAGCACAGAUGGUGGAAGAUGAACAGGGAGGAGGAGAUGAUGAGUCCGAACCCGAGGGUCAUGGACUGAGUGAGCCGCUGCCGGUGCACCAGCAAGCCCUCUGAUAACAGUGUAUUCAUUACUGGAAUGUCUGACGGGAGACAUGCUCACCAGAGAGCAGAAGAGCAUGAAAAAAGCAUGGCACAUAGAGCUUGUGCUGAAGCUUAUUUUCUAAACUGCUCAAAAUCUGACAUAAACAGCCUGCUUAGAGGAAGACAGCUAACUGCUCAUAGAGAGCAGAUCAAGAAGAGACGGCAGGUGUUAGACCGUGUGGUGGAAGUGGUCAGAGUGAUUGGAAAGAGGGGCCUAAGCUACAGGCACGAAGACAAUGAGGCUGCUUAUACUCUAGAGGACAGCAGCCUUGAUCAUGGCAACUUUUUGGAGAUGAUACUUUUGCUGGGGAAAUAUGAUGUGGCAUUGAAAGAACAUCUCAGUGACAUAAUUCAUAAAAGCAAAAAGCUCCAUGAAUCUGCAUCAGGCUCAAGAGGCAGGGGUUCCCUUGUCACUCUGCUGUCUAAAUCGACUGUCAACUCAGUGAUUGACACAAUCCUUAAGAUGAUCAAAGACAACAUCGGCACGGAAAUUAAAAAAGCCGGCAUGUUUACUGUACAACUGGACACAACACAGGAUAUCACAGCACAAGACCAGUGCUCAGUUGUGCUUCGGUACGUCACUGAUACUGUACACGAGAGGCUUGUUGCUGUGGUAAGGUGCAGUUCAUCCACAGGAGAGGCCUUUGUUCAGUUGUUGAGUGAUGUGCUUGAUGGUCUGAACUUAGACAAAAGCCUCUGCAUUGGAAAUGCCACAGAUGGAGCUGCCAACAUGCAGGGAAGAUACAGAGGCUUCUCUUCACUCUUGUCAUCACAAUCUCCUCACCAUGUCCAUGUGUGGUGCUACUCUCAUGUGCUCAAUCUCGUUCUUUCUGACACCACUGAAAUUGUGACAGAGAGUGGAUCUCUUUUUCAUCUCCUGAAUGACAUCGCUGUGUUCAUCCGAGAAUCUCAUCAGAGAAUGAACGUAUGGGAGAAGGAAAGCCACAGCAGCAGGCACAAGCGCAUAGGACCCAUUGGAGAGACACGCUGGUGGGCAAAGCAUGAUGCCUUAAAGAAAGUGUUUGGCUCAUUUGGGAAACCGCAGGACUGUCUCUACAUUGAUGUUCUGUGCACCCUUUCAGCCAUUCAAGACCAGACGACAGUGAAGUCAAAUGUAAGAUCCAAAGCAAGGGGAUACAAAGAUGGCCUUCUCAGACACGAGACCAUCCUGACCGCGCAAUUAUUCUUGCGGAUAUUUGAGAAGACCACCCCACUAUCCAAAUACCUCCAAACAGGCGGGAUGGACAUCCUCUCUGCCCACAGGAUGGUGAUGUCCACACACGAGGCCCUUCAGGAGAUGGGAAGAGAUUUCCAGACAGUCAAGGAUGCAACAGAGAGUUUUGUGAAGUGGGCAAAUGACAAGCUGGAGGAGCAGGAUGAGGAGAUGGGCAUGGAGGUGGAGGUUUCACUACCGCAGAGGAGGCCAAAGAAGAAGAAGUCCAUGCCAGGAGAGAUGGCCCAGGAUGAAACUUCCAAUGACCCAAGCAAGACGUAUGAGGUUAAAGUCCAUAACCAAAUUAUGGACACCGUUAUUGAGGCCAUGCAAAGACGAUUCCUCGAUAACGGCAAUCUGUAUGCGGACCUCUCAAUUCUUGACCCCCGAAACUUCCCAGAUAUCAAAACCAGUGGUCUUCCUGAGUCUGCACUGAAAGACCUAGGCAGAAGUCUCAUCAAAUUUAACAAUUCGGCAACCAUAUCAAAUUUACAAUCUGAACUUGAAAGCUUGGCAAGCCAGUGGGACAUGCUGAAGCGUCCACCACUAGAUGAGUACACAUCCCGUACUGUGGAGGAAGGACCUGGUGGAGACCCAGAGAUGGAAAUUGUCAGCAAAGCCUGUGCCUCAUGUAAAAACUGCCCCCUGUGUUGCUACCAGAUUCUCCUCAGAUUCAACCUGCUCACAGACGCAUACCCUCUUCUUUCUCUGUCCUACAAAUAUCUGCUGACACUCUCAGUGACACAGGUAGCCUGCGAAAGAUCAUUUUCAACUUUGAAAUUCAUCAAGAGCAGGCUGAGGAGCAGCUUAUCUGCUGGUAAAUUGGAGGCCUUCAUGCUGAUGUCCACAGAAAAGGACAUCCUCAUGGGAUUGGACACAGACAGUGUCAUAGACAGAGUGGCCGAAAAAAGUGAACUUCUUCGGAAGCUCCUACUCUACUAAAGAAGCCUCUGUCUCAGGUUGUGGCGACGACUUGCUUUCACAAAGCUUCCAUUUCAGGAUUGUGAGAUUGGAUUGUGAGGAUUGUUUUUGGAGAUAGACAGACGUUUCUGUUCU